AUGCAUCCACUCCUCUCUCCUCCACACAUUGACGUUCUCGUCAUUGGCAGCGGUAAUGCAGGAUUCUCAGCAGCCAUUGCCGCCGCCGAAGCCGGCGCCCACCGCGUUGUUCUGAUCGAAAAGGCGUCGGAGGAGUGGGCUGGAGGGAACAGCUACUUCACCGCGGGCGCGUUUCGAACUGUCCACAACGGUCUUGAAGACCUACUGCCCAUUGUCGGCAAUGUCGAUGCCGAGACAGCAAACCUCAUCGACAUGGAGCCCUAUACCAAGGCCGAUUUCUCCAAAGACAUGCAUCGUGUGUGCUCCGGUCGCUCGGAUGCCGCGCUGAGUCGCAUCCUGAUCGAUGACUCCAACAAUGCUGUCAAGUGGCUAGCGAAAAAUGGAGUCAGAUACCAACUUUCUUUCAACCGCCAAGCCUACAAAGUCAAUGGCCGAUUCAAGUUUUGGGGCGGCAUGGCGCUUAUGACUCAGGACGGGGGUAAAGGAUUGAUUGCAGAUCAUCAGGCUGCCGCUCGACGACACGGAGUCGAGGUCUACUACUCUGUACCCGCCAAACACCUCGUAACGUCUUCAUCGGGUGCUGUGGCAGGAGUGGUGGUUGAGUGCGACGGCGUAGACGCACGCAUUGCUGCCAGCGCCGUUAUCCUUGCAGCAGGAGGCUUUGAAGCAAAUCCACGUAUGCGUUCCCAGUUUCUGGGCCCCAAUUGGGAUAUAGCACGCGUUCGCGGCACACCCUUCAACACUGGCGAGAUGCUCGAAUACGCCAUCCGCGACGCAAAUGCUAAGCAAGCUGGAAAUUGGUCGGGCUGCCACUCUACCUGCUGGGACGCCAAUGCACCUGCUAAUAGCGGCGAUCGCGAGGUAUCCAACGAGUUUACCAAGUCCGGGUAUCCGCUCGGUCUCAUGAUUAACAUCAAUGGCGAAAGGUUUGUUGAUGAAGGCGUCGAUAUGCGUAAUUAUACCUAUGCAAAGUUUGGACGCGCCAUUCACGAGCAGCCGGAUGGUGUGGCGUUCCAGGUGUGGGACCAACGCACGAUAUCGUGGCUACGCGAUGAAGAGUAUAGAGAUGGACGUGUUCAGAAGACUCGGGGCAAUACGUUGGAAGAAUUGGCUCAGAAGCUUGCGGAGAAUUCUGGGCUCGCCGCUGCCCAGCGCUUCGUCGAGACGGUGCAACAGUACAACGAAGCUGUUUAUGCAUUUCAGGCCGAGGCCCCAGAUAAGAAGUGGGAUCCAGCGGUCAAAGACGGCCUUUCAACACAGUCUUCCACUAACAAGUUAGCUCUAGCAAAGUCCAACUGGGCCCUGCCGCUCGACAAAGAGCCCUUUAUGGCCGUCAAAGUGUGCUGUGGCGUCACCUUUACAUUCGGCGGACUGGCUGUGAAUCCAGAGACUGCUGCUGUCAUUUCCAAUUCUGGCAGAGAGGUUGGUGGUCUGUUCUGCGUCGGUGAGAUGCUUGGAGGACUAUUCUACGGCAACUACCCCGGUGGCAGCGGGUUGACGUCUGGUGCAGUCUUUGGUCGGAGGGCUGGAACUGCGGCGGCGGGUUUGGCUGCAACCAUGCCAUCGGGGUCGCAACCAUCCGUUUCCGCUGUCUAG